UACUAGAAUAUAUUUGGGCAUCGAAAAAUGUGGGAUCUAUUGGAUUACAAGUUCAAGAAUUACAAAUCGGAGAACGAGAAUUUGUGUUAAAGCUUUUAAAACCUGUAGGCAAAUAUGCUACAACAAAAUCAGUGACGAUACAUUGGCCAAGUAAUACAAAUGUUCUUGAAGGGGCAUGCCGAGCACUUUAUGUAUUAGGAGAGAAGAAACAUGUUGUAGUAGGCCAUAAGAAUACUAAUCGAAUUGAAUAUUUAAUUGAAUGUACACAAGGAUUAGUACGAAAAUAUAUUACAAAAUAUGGAAUAUUUAGAUUAACAGACAUUCGAUAUUCAAUUAUGAAAUAUCUUAUCAAAGGUCAUCAAGAGAAUUUAAUCAAACAUAUCUUAAAUAAGAAGAUUAAUGAAAAGAAUAGUAAUAUUCAUAUUCCAAGGUUAUAUAAAUGGAAGGGAGAAGAUGAUGAUAAAUCCGAUAUUAAUAUUUCACGAUCAUCAACUAAAAGAUCAACCGAAAAAAUGAACGAAGCCUUAGCAUCAACUGAAACCAUUAAAACUUUACCAGAGUUAAAAUUACGAUCAAAGUCAGAUUUACAUAAUGCCAUUUUAUGUACUCAACAAAGAGUUGAUUCUACAGCAAUUUUAAAAUAUUUAAUAGAUUAUUACGCGGAUAAUGCAAAUGAAUAUAAUAAUGAUGAUGGAUUCGUUUCAAAUUUAUUCAAGAAACCAUGUUUCGGAAUUACGGAAGCUUACACCCCACCGUUACACAUUAAUGCUCAUGAUCAACAGAAAGGAAAUAACGCAUCUAUACUACAUGCUUUGAUAGUAAAACCGCGUCUUGCAUCAAAGCCCAAAAUUACACUAUUAGAAAGUAUAAGAUUUUUUAAUAGGAUUAAAAAAACGAUUAUUCAUAAAAAAACAUUGAUGGAAAUUAGUGCUUCAUAUAAUGAUCGUAAAGUUUAUAAAGUCCCUUUACCCGAUUUUACGGUAUAUCCCAAAGGUCUUGAAGAUCAUAGUGAAAGUUAUUUAUGGCUUCUAUUUGCACUUUUUCGAAUAUUUUGGUGGCCACGUAAAAAUGUUAUCAAACAUACUAGUGAAAAGAGUCCUUUCCUUCGCGUUAUUCAUGAAGAGGAAAGUUACGAAAUCUAUCAGACACCUACAAUUAUUGCGGUCUCGGCUUUCAAAUGGUCAGCUGCUCGUCGACAUUAUAUUCGUCAUAUCCUUACGUACAUAUUAUAUGCUAUCACAUAUACUAUAACAGUUGUUUCAUAUUCAUUCACGGGAGAAUCAACAUCAGUAUCUAAUUUAUUUCAAACAAAAUCUUCAGGUGUAAUAAAAACUUUAUACACUUUUAUAUAUUAUUAUUCUGGAUGGUACUUAAUAGCGACAGAGGUUGUGCAAUUAAAAAGAGAAGGAUGGAAUAAAUAUAUUAGUCUUUAUAAUAUGUUUGAUAUAGCAUCCGUAUUAUUUCCAUUUGCAGUUGUUGUAGCGGGUAUUUUAUCUGAAUUGGAGCUCAUAACUUUGACUUAUUCUGCGUAUAAUACUGUAUUGGCAUUUACAGCUUUAGUUUUGUGGCUUGAAGUGGUAGGUCCCGGACGUUUUAUUUAUAUCGUUACAAGUAUUAUGAAUACAAUUUGGCCAUUCUUGUCUUUCAUGUUGAUUGCGAUAUUGGCAUUUGAUGAAGAAAGUUUACAGCGUCCUACUUAUCAAAUAAAUGAUACUUCGAAUCCAGGCUCAGGCUUAUACUCAAAUAUAUCAGUUACUCAGGUUAUUGAUAAAUCUAGCUAUCUUGAUAAUUACUAUUCACAUAUCCUCACAUCCGUGGCAGCUGUAUUCUUUUGGACCAAUGGACGAUGGGAUCAAUUAGACCAAUGGGAUAAUUAUUCUGUAAUUAUAAUAAGUAUGCUGGGAAGUAUAAUAUUAGUGUUAAUUUUUCAAAAUAUGUUGAUCGCAUUUAUGAAUGGUGCAUUUGAAACGGCAAAUAAAGCAGGUCUUGCAGCAGUUCAAAAAUAUCGUGCUGAACUUAUUGCGGAAUAUGAUACUUUAGAAAAACCUUUUGGUAGUAGAAAAGGUAAUCCUAGAUAUAUUUAUUAUAUCCCUAAUCCUGAUCUGAUUGAUGAUUGGCUCGAGGAAACUAAAAAGGAUAAUGAGAAACAAAGAUCACGUCUUAUGGAUAAUUUGAAAAAAUAUAAACAUAUACAAAUUGAUGAUAGUUUAGAUACAUCGGAUACCAUUGAACCUAUUACAACCACAUAUACUGAUAGAAUUAAUAAAAUUAGAUUUAUUGAUGAAGAAAUUUUCGAAUUAAAAGUGACUUCUAAAUCCAAUAAGAAAUCAUUAUUAUUAUUCAAGAAUAAAUCAAAUAGAAAACCAUUUUCUGAUGAUGAUCAAUUAUCAAUGCUACAAGAAAAAUUUAAUAACAGAUUAAAUGAUAUGGAAAAUGAAUUCAAGGCAAGAUUUGAUUCAUUAGAAAAUAAUUUUAGAACUUUAUUGACAACUUUAAAUAAUCAAAAAUAA